AUGGCCUCCCGCAUCCCCACCUCCACUACCGUCACGGAAUCCGCCGUCGUCUCCGCAACAUUCAGCCAUGUCUGGCACAUGAUCAAGCUCGAGAACUUCGCUGACUUCUGGUCUGCUCUGGAGAAGAGCGAGACCGUCAAGGGCGUUUCGCCAGAUACUGAUGUGGUGAAGUGGACUUUUAAGGAUGGGCAGGUGUUGGAGGUUAAGCAGGAGGAGCAUUCUUCCAUCGACCACUAUAUCACCUACUCGGUCAUCACCGCUCAACCUCAACUCACCUACUCUUCUGUCCUGAGCACUAUCCGCUGCUUCCCAAUCACUUCGGGUCGUCAUGAAGGCCAGAGUUUCGUUCAAUGGACUGCUCACUUUUCUAGUGAUGCUGAUGCCGGCGUCAUCGAGGAUGCCAAGUUCAAGCGUCGCGAGGCAUUGGCCGAUCUUGCCAAUGCUGUCAAGAACGCCAAGUAA